UAUAACUUCUUUUAGCACAAUCCAUCACUCUCUCUAUCUCUCUCUCUCACACACACACACACACUCUCUGUUUUCGCUAUGGCUUUCAAGCUUCUUAUCCUCAAUAUAUCCCAUUCUCUUGGACUUUUUCAUUAGCUUCUCCAUCCAUAUCUCUCUCUUUUUCUCCCCCAAGUGUAAAUUUCCACUUUAGAACCCUCUGUUUCUUACUCUUAACAGUUAUGGCGCUCAAGCUUCAAAUUUUUACUCUCUUUGUGCUCAACCUAUUGCUUUUAACCAUUACAAGCCAAAAUGAGCAAAACCCAGAAACAAAAUCUCUUCUCUCAUUCAAAAACUCACUUAAAAACCCACAAAUUCUUUCUCAAUGGAAACUAUCAACCCCACACUGCAACUGGGUUGGUGUCACUUGCGAACUCGGCCGAGUUACCCAACUCGCACUCCCAACUCGGUCCCUCGAAGGCCCAUUCAGUCCCUCUCUAGCCUCUCUCUCCAGCCUCAUUUCCCUUGACCUCUCCUCCAAUUCCCUCUACGGCGAAAUCCCACGUCAAAUAUCCAAUCUCCAAAGCCUCAAAGACCUCCACCUGAGCCAAAACGAGUUGUCCGGGGAGUUACCGGUUCAACUCACUGGGUUAACUCAGUUGCAAACCCUCAAACUCGGCCUCAACUCGCUCACCUGUAGAAUCCCAGAACAGCUUGGAGAACUCACUCAGCUCCGAACCCUUGACCUCUCCAGCAACGCUCUGACCGGAGAAAUCCCGACCCAGAUCGGAAACUUGACCCGGCUCCAGUUCUUGGGCCUUGGAAACAACUUUCUCUCAGGUUCUCUUCCACUCACACUUUUCACAAAGCUUCAAUCUUUGACAUCCUUUGACGUAUCAAAUAAUUCAUUUUCUGGUACAAUACCACCUGAAAUUGCUAACUUGAAGAACCUCACAGACCUUUACAUUGGCAUCAACAAGUUUUCUGGUCAAUUGCCUAAAGAAAUUGGCAAACUUGAAAAGCUUGUAAACUUUUAUUCACCAUCCUGUUUAAUAACAGGUCCAUUGCCUGAGGAACUUUCUGAGUUACAAUCACUAAGCAAACUUGACCUUUCAUACAACCCAUUAAGGUGUUCAAUCCCAAAGUCCAUUGGGCAGUUGCAGAAUUUGAGUAUAUUGAAUCUUGUUUAUAGUGAGCUUAAUGGGUCAGUCCCAGCUGAGCUUGGGAACUGUAGGAGCUUGAAAACUUUGAUGCUUUCAUUCAACUCUUUAUCUGGGUCAUUGCCAGAGGAGCUUUCUGAGCUCCCCUUGCUGACAUUUUCUGCUGAAAAGAAUGAGCUUUCGGGUCCACUGCCUGCUUGGCUUGGAAAGUGGACCAUGGUGGAGGCACUUUUGCUUUCGAGCAAUAAGUUCUCGGGGACAAUCCCGCCUGAAAUUGGGAAUUGUUCUAUGCUUAAUCACCUCAGUUUGAGCAACAACUUGUUGACGGGUUCAAUACCGGAGGAGUUGUGUAACGCAGUAUCACUUUCGGAGAUUGAUCUUGAUGGUAAUUUACUUUCGGGGACGAUUGAGAACACAUUUGUGAAGUGUGGGAAUCUUAGUGAUUUGGUUUUGGUGAAUAAUCAGAUUGUUGGUACGAUCCCAGAGUACUUUUCUGAGCUUCCACUGAUGGUCAUUGACCUUGACUCGAAUAAUUUUACGGGUGCAAUACCUAUGAGUCUGUGGAAUUCAAAUUAUUUGAUGGAAUUUUCUGCUGGGAAUAAUUGGUUAGAGGGCUCUCUCCCUAAGGAGAUUGGCAAUGCAGCUUAUUUGCAAAGGCUUGUUCUUAAUAACAAUCUCUUGGGAGGCACUAUACCAAAGGAGAUUGGAAAUCUCACAACUCUUUCUGUUCUGAAUUUAAAUUCAAAUCUGCUUGAAGGGAACAUUCCAAGUGAGCUUGGAAACUGCACCGCCCUCACCACAUUGGACCUUGGAAACAAUAAUCUCAAUGGGUCUAUCCCUGAGAACCUAGCUGACCUGGCUGAGUUGCAAUGUCUGGUCCUUUCUCACAAUAAUCUAUCUGGGUCCAUCCCUUCAAAGCGAUCAUCGUAUUUUCAUCAGAUCACUAUGCCUGAUUUGAGCUUUGUUCAACACCAUGGUGUGUUUGAUCUGUCAUUCAAUAGAUUGUCUGGCCCAAUACCUGAAGAAUUGGGGAAGUGUGUGGUGGUGGUUGAUCUUUUAAUCAGCAACAAUUUGCUUUCUGGAGGAAUUCCGGGAUCCCUCUCUCGCCUAACAAAUCUUACAACCUUGGAUUUGUCAGGGAAUAUGCUAACUGGUUCCAUUCCUCCGGAAUUUGGUGACUCUCUCACGCUUCAAGGAUUGUAUCUUGGAAAUAACCAGCUCACAGGCACAAUCCCUGGAAGUUUUGGCCGGCUGAGUAGCUUGGUGAAGCUUAAUUUGACUGGUAAUAAGCUAUCUGGUUUGGUUCCAUUAAGUUUUGGGAACUUGAAAGAGCUGACCCACUUAGAUUUGAGCUCUAAUGAGCUCAGUGGUGAACUUCCUGCAACUUUGUCACGAAUGCUGAACCUCGUGGGGCUUUAUGUUCAGCAGAACAGGCUUUCCGGUCAGGUUGAUGGGAUGCUCUCCAAUUCCAUGUCCUGGAAGAUUGAAACUAUGAACUUGAGUGCUAAUCUCUUUGAUGGAGAAUUGCCACAAUCUUUGGGCAAUUUGUCCUACUUGACGCAUUUGGAUUUUCAUGGAAAUAUGUUUGCAGGGGAUAUUCCACCGGACCUAGGAAAUCUGAUUCAACUUGAGUAUUUUGAUCUUUCAGGAAAUAGGCUUUCUGGACAUAUACCGGAGAAAAUAUGCAGCCUGACCAACCUGUUUUUCCUGAAUCUGGCAGAAAAUAGGUUGGAAGGGCCUAUUCCCAGAAGUGGAAUUUGCCUGAACUCAACAAGAAUUUCACUUGCUGGGAACAAAAAUCUCUGUGGGAGAAUUAUGGGCUUCGACUGCCAGAAUAAAAGCUUUGACAAUUCAGCACUUUUUCAUGCCUGGGGAAUUGGUGGGCUUGCAGUUGUUCUUACACUCAUCACACUUACUGUAGCUUUUGGUCUCCGGAGAUGGAUCACUGGAGGCUGCAGUCGGAAUGAUCAUGAGGACAGCGAUGAAAGCAAACUAAACAGUUUUAUUGACCAAAAUCUCUAUUUUUUAAGCAGCAGCAGAUCAAAGGAACCUUUGAGCAUCAACGUAGCCAUGUUCGAGCAGCCUCUCCUGAAAUUAACCUUAGUUGAUAUUCUUGAAGCCACCAACAACUUCUGCAAGACGAACAUAAUUGGAGAUGGUGGGUUCGGAACUGUUUACAAAGCAACCUUGCCUAAUGGAAAAAUAGUUGCAAUUAAGAAGCUCAGCGAAGCUAAAACACAGGGUCACCGAGAAUUCAUGGCUGAAAUGGAAACUUUGGGAAAGGUAAAGCACCAAAACCUUGUUCCAUUGCUUGGAUACUGCUCUUUUGGUGAGGAGAAGCUUCUUGUGUACGAAUACAUGGUCAAUGGGAGCUUGGACCUUUGGCUGAGAAACCGGACUGGGGCCCUGGAAGUCCUUGAUUGGAACAGACGCUUGAAGAUUGCAACCGGUGCUGCAUGUGGGCUUGCAUUUCUUCACCACGGGUUCAUCCCCCACAUCAUUCACAGGGAUGUUAAAGCCAGCAACAUUUUACUCAAUGAAGACUUCGAACCAAAAGUUGCAGACUUUGGUUUGGCAAGAUUGAUAAGUGCUUGUGAGACUCAUGUUUCAACUGACAUUGCUGGAACAUUUGGCUACAUUCCUCCAGAGUAUGGGCAGAGUGGGAGGUCAACCACAAGGGGAGAUGUCUACAGUUUUGGUGUGAUUUUACUCGAAUUGGUGACCGGGAAGGAGCCAACAGGGCCUGAUUUUAAAGAGAUCGACGGUGGAAAUUUGGUCGGUUGGGUGAUUCAGAAGAUCAAUAAGGGGCUGGCUGUUGAUGUUCUUGAUCCAGCAGUUCUCAAUGCUGAUUCGAAGAAUAUGAUGCUUCAAACGCUACACAUUGCUUGUCUCUGCCUGUCUGAGAGUCCUGCUAACAGGCCUGCCAUGCUUCAAGUUUUGAAGUUUCUGAAAGCAAUCAAAGAUGAGUAAUGUAGAGUUCCUUUGUGUUAUCAGGGGUUUAUUGUUACAAUAAUAGUAUAAGCUAACUAGUAUGAAGUUAAAAUCUUUAGUUGUUAAGAGUUCCGUGUACUAAUCUAACUGCACUUAAAGAGUUUCAAACUCAAUUGUGAAGUUAAAGGAUAUCUGCCUUAGUAAAUGCAUUACAUAUUUCUUC